AUGGUGCAGGAGGGUGGAGACAAGGUGAGUUCAGCAGCACUGGCCGCUGUAGGCGGCACCAGCGAUGCAGACAUGCUGCGUUGCCAGAGCAUGGCAAGGAUGUUGACGGAACGCAGUGUCCUAGAAGAAGUGGUUCCUUCGGACAGAAUUCUGGCCGGGGCCAAGGAGCUGCUCUUCAAAUAUGCGGUGAUUCGCGAUGUGUGGUUCGAGGUAGCCAUGAAGCUUGUGGCAGUCGUCCUGGUUGCGGUAGCCUCCUCUGAAAGUGGCCUGAAGCUGACUUUGUGCUUCACGCUGGCUACGGCCGCUGCCCUUGGUACCCUGCAGCCGUACCGACAGCGCCAGGUGAACGACCUGCAGUGCUUCUGCUUCCUUUGCCUGGCAGCAGCCGCCGCAGGCUUCGCCCAGGGCUGGGUGUCCCUCGCGCGGGGUGCGCUUGCUGCGCCCUUCUUCCUGGCUGGCGUGCAGGUCCUACGCCCAG